AUGGCUUACAAUAACAAUUUGCAGACGCAGAAAUCAGGAGAUACUUUAGAGGAGAAAGUCGAUAAGAUCUUGGAGAGCUUAAUAGAGUUGAACAAACUCUUGUGUCCUUUAAAGGAAGAUCCUUUAGGAAGAAGCAAGAAGGAACAAGGAAUUACUGAGAGCAAUAACCAAAAGACUACUUUACAAAGAAGCCAAAGUGCUCCUCCUGCUUUGGAUCUUGUUUCCUUUUAUCUGAUUACGAGGCUACAAUCUCUCAAAUUGAAGCUGGGAAAGCUAGAGCAACUUCAUACAAAUUUGGGAGAAGAGCUAGAUAAACAUGUUGGUAUCGUUCAUGAACUGAUUAAAAAUAGGGAUUCCUCAAAGGAUCUCUUCCAUGAGAUAAGACUGGUAAGAUCUGUACACAGCGAACCCUUGACAAGAAAUCUAUGGUCUUUCGUCUUUUCUGAGCUACAAAUCAAGUCCCAGAUUCCAGAGAACCUGAAGAAUACCAAAACAAAAUCCUCGGCCAAGAGAGGUUGGGCGUCGAGCCAUACCCAGAUUCAAAUAGCAGAUCAUGAAAUGCUGUUGCAUUACAUAACAGAUGUUGAUUAUGACCAUAGUCUUUUGAUCUGGCACAUUGCCACCGAGCUCUGUUACCAAGAAGAAGCUUCCACCAAAGAGAAGUGUAAUACAUCUGAGUAUCACAAAGACCGUGAGCACAGCAAAAUCCUUUCCGACUACAUGAUGUAUCUCUUGAUCAAGCAGCCCAAGCUGAUGUCAGAGAUAGCUGGCAUAGGGAAAAUCAGAUUCAGAGACACCUUGGCGGAAGCUGAAAGAUUCUUCGACAAGAUGGGUAUCAGAAGCUCUAGGAGUGUGAAAUUAGCUUGUGAGAAAAUUCUUUCAGUCGAUACCAGCAUCGAACCAAGAGAUGUCAAAGGAACUCAUAGCAAAUCGGUGUUAUUUGAGGCAUGUAUGCUGGCCAAAGAACUUCCGAGACUGGAGAAAGAUUAUGGAAAAGACAAAUGGGAGACACUUAGCAAAGUGUGGUUGGAGCUCCUCUUCCACGUAGCAUCACAUUGUGACGGUACAACGCGUUUGGAGCUUUUUAGCAAAGGUGGAGAGCUAAUCAACUUCAUUUGGCCACUAAUGGGUCACGUAGGCAUGGGGGAUUGA